AUGGAUCCGCAAGCCUACCUAAUGAGCCAGGGCUGGUCAGGCCCAGGAAACCCAUUGAAUCCCUCCAGGCGACCUGGCCCACACGGCGGACUCGGACUAACAAAACCAAUCCUAGUUGCGCGGAAAAAAAAUACACACGGUGUUGGAAAGAAAACAACCCACGAUCAUACAAAUCAAUGGUGGCUACGCGGGUUUGAGGCAGCGUUACGCGGUAUUGGAACGGAUGGAAAUGCGACGCCAACUAGCGAGGAAUCUACGGCAGCCACUCCGAUGAGUGAGCUUUACAAAUUUUUUGUGCGAGGACCAGGCCUUGAGGGUACUAUCAAACCAAGAGAAUCGAGUGAAAAUCAACAGUCUUCAAUUUCGGGCUGUAUGACUCCUACAAGCUCGGCUGAAAAUAGUGUAUCGAACCAAAAGAAAAAGAGAAAACGGGAGGAGACUGAGGGUCCUACAAUGGACUCGAAGAAAAAGAUGAAAAAGAAAAAGAAUAAGAAGGUGAAGGUCAGCGUUGACGAACAUGUCGACAUGUCUUCCAACCAGAUCUCUUCCGGUAUCGCGACCCCGCCGGAGGAAGAAACCACCAUGGACGGUAUAAUCCCCAGCACCAAAUCUGCCAAAUCUCCCAAACCCACUCAACCCGACGAAGAGCUCUCAGAGAAGAAGAGGAAGAGAAAAGAAGCAAAAAGGGGAAGGAAAAGACGAAAAGAGGGAAGCUUAGAAACCGAAACUAGUACGCCAAGUGAUCAGGAAACGAAAGACGGAAGUCCUGAUGAUAUGUCUUCGGAUGAAGCUUCUCGGAAGAGGAAGAAAGAAAUAAAAAGAGCCGCUAAGAAGGCACAAAGAGAAGAGAGUGGAGAGAGAAAGAAGUCGAAGAAGAGCAAGAAAAACAAAGUGAAAUCUGACGAGUAA